AAGUCCGUCCCAUUUCUGAAAGAAAGGACUCGGGCUCGGGUUGUUUUAUUUUGUUUGUUAGAGGUGAGCGGUGCGUAGGAUAAGCGAGAGAGAGAGAGAGAGAGAGUACUAGUCAGUGCGUCUGUCUGUCACUUGAUGGUGGUGAAAUCAAAUGAGCUCUAACACCUACACAGCUUUUUUUUUAUCAGAUAACACCGACACAGCUUGAGCGUGGUGGAAGUGGUCUACAAUGGCAAUGGGAGAUGCGCAUUUUAGCAGUGGGCGGAGGAGCAGAAGAGUAGUUGUGACAGUGGUUGUAUUCUUCUUCUUCUGGGGUCUGAUCUCGCUAUCUUGCGCCGCUAGGUUGCCCAUCUCAAAGCAGAAGUUUCAAGUCCAGAAGCAUUUGAAUCGCUUGAACAAACCCGCCCUUAAAACCAUUCAGAGCCCAGAUGGGGAUAUCAUUGACUGUGUUCACAUCUCUCAGCAACCAGCUUUUGAUCACCCAUUCCUCAAAGACCACAAAAUUCAGAUUAGGCCAAGCUAUCACCCAGAAGGGCUUUAUGAUGUGUUUGAGAACAAGGUUUCUACAGAGAACAAUGACGGAACAAAUGCAAUUACUCAGCUCUGGCACGUCAAUGGUAGGUGCCCUGAAGAUACUAUACCCAUUAGAAGAACAAAGGAGGAAGAAGUGCUGAGAGCAAGCUCAGUGAAAAGAUAUGGAAAGAAGCAACAUAGAAGCUUCCCUCAGCCCAGGUCUGCAGAUCCUGACCUCAUCAACCAAAGUGGUCAUCAGCAUGCAAUAGCUUAUGUUGAAGGAGACAAGUACUAUGGAGCAAAAGCAACCUUAAAUGUGUGGGAACCCAAAAUACAGCAGCCUAAUGAGUUCAGCUUGUCUCAGAUUUGGAUAUUGGGUGGUUCUUUUGGUGAAGAUCUCAACAGCAUUGAAGCUGGUUGGCAGGUCAGCCCAGAUCUUUAUGGUGAUAACAACACAAGAUUGUUCACUUACUGGACUAGUGAUGCAUAUCAAGCCACAGGUUGCUAUAAUCUACUGUGCUCAGGCUUCAUUCAAAUCAGCAGUGAAAUAGCGAUGGGAGCAAGCAUCUCCCCUGUCUCUGGCUAUCGUAAUUCCCAAUACGAUAUCAGUAUUCUUGUCUGGAAGGAUCCAAGAGAGGGAAACUGGUGGAUGCAAUUUGGGAAUGGAUAUGUGUUGGGGUAUUGGCCAUCGUUCUUGUUCUCAUACUUGGCAGACAGUGGAUCCAUGAUAGAGUGGGGUGGGGAGGUAGUGAAUUCAGAAGCUGAUGGGCAACACACCUCAACUCAAAUGGGGAGUGGUCAUUUCCCUGAAGAAGGAUUUGGGAAAUCAAGCUAUUUCAAGAAUAUUCAAAUUGUGGAUAGCUCCAACAACCUCAAGGCUCCUAAAGGGAUUGGCACUUUCACUGAGCAAUCUAAUUGCUAUGAUGUCCAAACUGGCACUAAUGGGGAUUGGGGUCACUACUUUUACUAUGGAGGCCCUGGUAGAAACGCUAAUUGUCCAUGAACAAACCCUUGGGAAUCCCAUUACCCCUCUGUGUCAGUCUUAAUGGAGUGCAAUGUCUUUCUUAUCUCUUAUCUUUUUUCUUUCUUUUUUAACUUUUAGGUCGGGUUAGCAAAUGUAAUAUUUUCUGUAGUGGUGGGAAGUUUUUGGCUCUUGCUUUUGGCUUAAAAGUUGUUCUUAUGUAAAGUGAUUGGGGAAUCCAUGUAAAGUGAUUGAGUAACUGGCAAAGUUUCUCGUAAAGCGUCUAAGAAAUGAUCCGUUCUAGGAAUGA